GAAUCGUCCUCUUCCCCUUCAAAGCGAACAUGGCUGCUCUCAAUUUGCCCGCUGACGUUAUCGCCAGCGCCGAUGGCUCUCGCAAGCUCUUCAACAAGUGGUCCUACGAGGACGUUGAGGUCAAGGACAUUUCGCUCCAGGACUACAUCCAGGUCCGCCAGCACAUCUUUGUUCCUCACACUGCUGGUCGUUUCGCUUCCAAGCGUUUCCGCAAGGCUCAGUGCCCUGUCGUUGAGCGUCUCACCAACUCUCUUAUGAUGCACGGCCGUAACAACGGAAAGAAGCUCAUGGCUGCUCGCAUUGUCCAGCACGCUUUCGAGAUCAUCAACCUUCUCACUGACCAGAACCCCGUUCAGGUUCUUGUUGAUGCCAUCAUCAACACCGGUCCCCGUGAAGACUCCACCCGUAUUGGUUCCGCCGGUACUGUCCGUCGUCAAGCUGUUGAUGUUUCUCCUCUCCGUCGUGUCAACCAGGCCAUCUCUUUGUUGACCACCGGUACCCGCGAAUCUGCUUUCCGCAACGUCAAGACCAUUGCUGAGUGCCUUGCUGAUGAGCUCAUCAACGCCGCCAAGGGAUCCUCCAACUCUUAUGCCAUCAAGAAGAAGGACGAACUUGAGCGUGUUGCCAAGUCCAACCGAUAAAUGCUUUUUGGUUUAUACUACUUUUUACUUGUCCUAACGUGGUGACUUGGGCCAUUGAAAUGAAAUGUGUGUAUAUACACAGAAUAAAACAUUGAUAAAACCUGGAUAUCACGGUGUUAAAUAUA